UAUUUCAAUUCCCAAUUACAGGCACAAAAAAACCACUAAUGGAAGAAGCAAAACCAGCCCAGGAUCCACCAACCGAAAACCCGAAUCCAGACCCAAACCCGCCGGAGACAGCUCCUGCUCCCCCUUCACAAUCGCCACCACCAGCACCGGCGACGGUAGCUGCACCGCCGCCGCCGCCGCCACCACCACCACCUGCACCAGCAGCUGGUUCCCUUCCUCCCAAAACCAAGAAAAGACCGCUUGAGAGCUAUGUCCAAAUCCAAGAGUGCAGCUACUUCAAGAUGCGUGCUGUUCUCAAAGAUAUUCGUCCUCAUUUACUCGAGGUGCUUCGAACAGUGAACUUCCGAAGUUGUAAGGGUGCUGAUGAACUUCGAGAAAAACUAAAUCUACUCAUGGAAUUAUACAAGCAGAUGACUGCUGAAGCAGUCCCUGCAAAGAAGUCUAAGAAUGCACCUGAAGGACAGGAAUUAUCAAGUGAAAAUGGGGCUAGACAAAAACCCCAGGAGCAGCUCCAAGAUGUUAAGCCAGCAGAGCAGCCUCAAUCAGACCAGGUUUUUGCAAAACCAUCUGAAACUAAAGAGGCUACAGAUCUUGAGGAGCAAACGCGUUAUAUAGGGGGAUCUGCUUUUGGUUGGAACUUCAUCACCUUUUCAGGCAAUAAAUCAGUGUACUAUGGGAGAACAAAGGAAUCCUUCCGAGCUGCUCAAGAGGCUUUAUAGGGGGUAUCAGUUUUACCAGUAUUUUCUUCUUUCCAUCGAUGUUGUUAGUUUAAAGUAAAUAAUGCAUGAAUAGAACUCUGAGCCUCACCAAUUAUGUACGUGUAAUGGGGUUUUUUAGAUUUUAGCUGUUUUAGUUAUCUAAUUCUUGAUGGAAUGCAGUUAAAUUAGUGUAAUGGGGUUCUCUAGAUUUUAGCAGUUGUAACUGUGAAAUUCUCGAUAGAACGGUUGUGCAAUAAUAUCCAAGGUUUCCAAAGGAUUUACUGAUGA